CUUAACUCGUGUUUGUUUAGUGAAAAAGUAACUAAGUUAAUUUUUGGCAAGGUUUCCAAAACUGCGAGAGAAACAACCAGAGCCAGUCAAUAAAAACUCAAUUAUGAAUUUUAUGAUCCAUGCAAAUCACUUGCUAGUACUCUUCACACUCUCUACAAUGUUGUCUAUGCUCUGGUUCCUUCUAUCUCUUCUCUCUCUUCUUCUACUUCCUUGUCUCCGACCUUGCUUUCCUGCUAAAGGAUCUCUGAAAAACAAAAAGAAGAUUGACAAGGGAACUUAUGUGGUCGGAGAGGAGGAGACACCUAAAGAGCUUCAGAGAGAGCUGAUGCCGAGACACGUGGCAGUGAUAAUGGACGGAAACCGGAGAUGGGCUAAACAGACCGGAUUGUUGACGUCACAAGGCUACGAGGCUGGAGCUAAACGGCUUCUCGAGUUCGCUGACCUCUGCUUCAAACUAGGGAUAAAUACUGUCUCAGCUUUUGCUUUCUCCACUGAGAAUUGGGGAAGACACAAGAUUGAAGUCAAAUGCUUGAUGUAUUUGUUCCAACGUUACCUCAAGUCAAAGAUCCAAUUUUUCCAGAGCAAGGAAAUCCGAGUUUCUGUUAUCGGGAAUCUUGCGAAGAUCCCUGAGUCUCUCCUCCGAACAGUUCACGAGUUAGAGGAAGCUACAAAGAGUUACAAGAAGAAGCAUCUCAUCUUGGCCAUAGAUUACAGCGGGAGAUUCGACAUCUUGGGUGCUUGCAAGAACAUUGUGAAGAAAUCAGAACAAGGUUUGAUCCGAGAGGAAGACGUGGACGAGACGUUGUUCGAGAGAGAGCUUCAGACUCGGUGUACCGAGUUCCCAAGUCCUGAUCUCUUGAUUAGGACUAGUGGGGAACAGAGGAUUAGUAACUUCUUCUUGUGGCAGCUCGCUUAUACCGAGUUUUUCUUUUCGCCUGUACUUUGGCCUGAUUUCGAUAAGCAGAAGUUUAUAGAGGCCCUGGUUUCGUAUCAGCGCAGGGAUAGACGAUUUGGCUCCCGGCUUUGAUCCACAUUUGAUCCUAUGGUCUGUCAUGUUUCCUCUGUUUUGUUCUGUUUCUCUCUGUGUCUUUAUGUUCAUCUGACUUUUGCAGAAAUAAUUAUACUGUCUAGUCUCUCGUAGAUCAAUGUGGUAUUUCCAAUGAAGUAACAUAUUUUAUGUGUUGCGUUUUUUCUUCUCUACUACACGUACGUAUGCAUCAGCUGUUAUUAAAAU